AUGCGUUUAGCUCUACCACAAUUACUCAUGAUUAUAAACGGCAUCUACCCAUUGACGGCGUUUGGAGCCAAGCAACCCCCUCCGUCCCGUUCGAGGGCGAUAUCACCGGAAAUGACAGAAUCCGUAAAAUCUGUUACCCCUGAACCAACUGAUGUAGAAACUAGGAAAAUUGUUAAUAUGAUGUGUGAUGUUAAAUCCAAAGAAGAAAGCUGUGAUCUAUUGUUGACUAUUGUACUCCGAAUGGAUGAUAAAAUGAACAGGCAGUUAACUAGUUAUAUAUCACCUGGAGAUAAUCCAAAAGUUUUGGCACAGGAAUUAGUUCAUUACGGUUUUAUAAAUGAAAUAGACCGUGAUAAAAUAGCCAACCUAAUUGAAGAAUCAUUGCAACACACAUCGACUUCAGAUCACAGCAGUCCGGCGCACACUUUUCCCACCUUAACCACAAUCCCCAUAUUAACUACGAUACCACAGUCCGUGUCAGUUAUAACGAAUUCUUUACAACCUAUAGCAGGGACGACACAAGUACCCAUGCACUCCACUAGUUAG